AAGAGAGUAAUCGAUCUUGUAAUAUAACAAUUAGAAUGGAUGGCCAACUUGACCUUAACACUAUCUUAGCUGCACUAAACCAGAUCCAAAUGGAUAACCAAACACUUUAUCAGGAAAAUGUAGAAUUAAAAAACAUUAUUGAUCAACUUCGUGGUCAAGGAGGGGAAAAUAUACAUUACAAAGAACCAAAGGUUAGCCUUCCGGAUAAAUUUGAUGGGUCACGAGCCCAAUUGGGUCUACUCAGAAGUUUACUUACUGGGCUAGCUCUUGUCUGGUUUGCACCAUUAUUGGAAAACAGAUCACUAUUACUAGAAACUUUCACAGAGUUGGUUAGUGAGUUUGAAGCUACAUUCGGUGAUGCAGACAAAUCCAGAACAGCAUCGAAUAAAAUUCGAAAACUUACCCAAAGGUCCAGACCAGCUUCGAGCUAUGCUUCCAAAUUUCGGCAAAUUGCUGGUGACUUGAAUUGGGGCAAAGCAGCUCUGAUUGACCAAUUUAGAAAUGGACUCCGAAAUGAUGUAAAGGAUUUGCUUCUUACUGUUGGAGACCCCACCUCUCUAAAUGAUGCCAUUACAAAAGCAGUUAGGUGUGAUAAUCGGUUGUUUGAGUGGAAACAAGAACGAUUAUGUGGUCUAACCUCAGAACAAUACAAACCACAAGCUUUUAAUAGCUCUGCAGCCCCCAUUGGUGUGCUCAUGCAAAUAGACACCAUAAGGUUCAGGCCAUUGUCUGAGGAGGAGAAGAGACGACGUCGCAUCAAUAACCUUUGCCUUUACUGUAGUGACCCAGAACACAUCGUUAGGAACUGCUCUAAGAAAAAUAAUACACUACCCAGAAUCGGUGCUCUAGUUGCUACAGAUGAAUUGUCAGGAAAAGAAGAGACCCAGUCGCAUUCAUCCUCUGAAAAAAUAUCACCUAACAAACCUGUAUUCGCGCUUACCCUAACAUUAUAUCUUCACCUGCCUGAUGGUGCUCAAAUAAACUUACAAGCUUUAAUUGAUUUGGGAGCUUCAGCAUGUUUUUUGGACACAACCUUGGCCCAAAAAUAUAACCUACCUACUGUUGAAAAGGAAACACCACUAUCAGUGGAGGUGGUUGAUGGUCGGGAAAUCUCAUCUGGUACUGUGACCCACGAAACAAGACCACUGCUUUUGCACUUUCAAGAUCAUUAUGAGAAAAUCUCCUUCAACCUUAUUCCAUCUCCCCAUUAUAAAGUGAUCCUGGGCUUACCUUGGUUAGUUUCACAUAACCCUGAGAUAAAUUGGCGCAAGCGAUCUAUUACCUUUUCUGAUCCAAUCUGCAAAGACCACCUCUCUAGUGCAACACCACUAAGAACCGAUACCACGGGCGGAAAACAAAUUUUUAUGGUCCAGGUUUUCACCGCCAUAGCAACUAGCUCAUGUUCCUUGGAAUUGCCGGUCCUUCCUGAAAAAUAUAAGGAGUUUAGUGAUGUAUUCAACAAGAAAGAGGCUGACAAGUUGCCAAAAAAUCGACAGUAUGACUGUGCCAUUGAUUUGUUACCCGAAAAGCAACCUCCAUGA